GCACGCCCCUCCUCCCUUCCAGGCUUCCACCCCUUCGCCGCCUCUAUCGUCGCGGCUUUAUCCCGGCCGCCUCUCUGCUCCCGCGUCGGCGACGAGCGGCCACCGGGCUGCGUCUCGGCCACCGCGAGGCCCCACCACCCUGAUCUUCUAUCCCGGUGGCGCGGCCCUGGCAGACGUUGUGGUCCCCCGGCGCACCGUACCAGGUCCCGGCUGCCGCCCGUUGCCCCUUGGCGGCCGCCGGUAGACACGGUCCUCCCAGCUGCCGCCCUGCGCUGGUGCCGGCGCUCUGUGCCCUGGUCGUGGAUCCCACCUCCCGGCCGUCGGCCUGCACCCCCACCCAAGCCGCCGCCCCACGCCUCUCCCGGCCACAGUCCGGCGGCCUGCGGUAGUAGUGGUCAAGGUAAGCAGGGCCCUGCAUCCCCACCCGAGGCACCAGACUCCAAUUGGUAGAGAUGAACGUGGCAGUGCCACCACCACCACCACCACAUCUUCGGCUAUAUGAAUUUGCCAAGACCGCCCUCAUCAAAAUUUUUUCCUUUCCUUAUGCUACGGUCUGUGACUUGUAUUGCGAUGGUGGAGUUGAUACUGACAAGUGGUGUGAUGCCCAGGUUGGCCACUACAUAGGAAUCGAUGCCUCUGCAUCGGGUGUCAGUGAUGCCCGUGAGCUAUGGGAGAACAAGAGGAAACCUUUCACUGCUGAGUUCAUCGAGUUGGAUCCUUCUGAUGAUGAUUUUGAAGCUCAAGUGCAGGAAAAGGGCAUCCAAGCAGAUAUAGUUUGUUGUAUGCAGCACUUGCAGUUAUGCUUCGAGAGUGAAGAACGGGCAAAGAAGCUUCUGAAUAAUGUAUCAUCACUUCUCAAACCUGGAGGCUACUUUUUUGGCAUGACUCCUGAUUCAUCUACAAUAUGGACAAAAUAUCAAAAGAAUGUUGAGGCUUCACAUAACAAAGGUCUGAAGACUGUUCCAAAUAGCAUUCGCUCGGAGAAUUAUACCAUUACCUUUGAAGUUGAGGAAGAAAAGUUUCCUUUCUUCGGGAAAAAGUACCAACUCAAAUUUGCGAGUGAAGCAGUAUUUGAAAAUCACUGCCUGGUCCACUUUCCCAGCCUUAUGAGAUUAGCAAGGGAGGCUGGACUUGAAUAUGUGGAGAUCCAGAAUUUAACUGAGUUUUAUGAUGAUAACAGAAUACAAUUUGCUCCAAUGCUUGGUGGUUACAGUGCAAGUUUUUUGGAUGCUCGUGGAAAGCUUGUUACUCGUUCCUAUGACAUUUUAGGCUUGUAUUCAACUUUUGUAUUUCAGAAGCCUGACCCAGAUGCAAUACCACCUAUUGUAACACCCGACUUGCAUGAUACUGAUAAUGCUCACGAAGAGGAAUGGCUCCGACGGCAGCAGGCAUCAGCAGAUGAUGGGAGGCGCUCCCAUACGGAUGUGCUUCCCUUGGAUCAUGAGAAAGGCAUCCUGGGUCCUGGACCUGCAGAUAUGAGGCUUUGAUGGUGGUAAUUCAAAUCCUGCUUGAACUCGGGUGAUGAUGCUUUUAGUAUUUGUUUUUCCUCCCACUGAGGACAAUUUCUGGUGUGUGCACUAAGAGUUCACGAAAAUAUCAAACAACAUUAGGAGGCUCCCAAUCCUGGCAGAGACGGGUUUUCUAGCUCUUCGAGUUUGUCCAACUUUCAAGGCCCCAAGGUGCCUUGAAACCCUUCCGAUGUAAGCCUUCAUCUUCAGAGACAACAACAUAUUCUGGUUGCAAGGGGUUAUCAAGCGUAAGUAUCAGGCUGUUAGUUGUUAACAAUGGCCAACAGCAAGGAAUCUCUUCUUCAUCAGAUCCUUUUGCUUCCAUAAUUUCUUGCCACUAUAUAUCACUUGAACCGUGUUGGUCCAUCUGCUCCACUGUAUGAGUAGUAAAAUGCACCCAAAGCAGACAGGAAGUCUUCUCGUCAGCUCUUAAUCACUGUGAUGAAGAGGAUGUCACUGAAUUUAA